UCUCUCUCCUUACUCUUCUCUCUCUCUCGCUCUCUCUCUCUCUCUCUCUCUCUCUCCAUCCGCCGUUUCAGUACUGUUCUGCUUUUCAGUGGAGAAUUUUGUCUGGUAUUUUCAGUGGACAGUUGUUGGUUUCGUUCUGGGAUUUUGGAGAAGAGGAAGAGGAUUUUGUUUGUGUUUGAAAUGGUUUUAAUGUGUGAGAUUUUCUUUGGUGAAGAAGGAAAACCAGAAGAAGGAGAGUGGGAGAAAGAAAGAUAACAUCUUCUAUAUACGUUGAAGAAGAUUUUCUCUAAAUCCAACAUAGCAGAAGUAGUGAACGAUACAGAGUUACAGAAGAAAGAAUCAUCAUCUGCUUCUGCUGAUUCACCGGCAAUGUCUGCAACAAUACUGAGUGACCCAUUAAUGGUGGUUUCAACAGCGGCGGCGGGAGAAAGUCAGGCGGCGGGGACAAAGCUGGUGGCGGCGCAGAUAAACGAAGUGGAAUUUGCCAAGUGCGAGAGCUGUGGAUUGACAGAGGAAUGUACACCAGGGUAUAUAGAAAGAGUUCGUGAAAGGUAUCAGGGAAAAUGGAUAUGUGGGUUAUGUGCAGAAGCUGUUAAAGAUGAAAUUAUAAGGGCGGAGAGGCUUAUUAGCACAGAAGAAGCCAUGGCUAGACACAUGAGUUUCAGGAAGAAGUUCAAGUCAUCGUCUCCUCCAUCUGAUCCAACUGUUCAUUUGAUAUCCGCCAUGAGACAGAUUCUGAGACGAAGCUUGGGAUUCACCAAGAUCAACACCAACUAGUCCGACUAAUAAUACUCAGAAAGGGUUCUGUGCUUUCCAGGUCUGAAAGUUGCUUCCCAUCUUUAUCUGGUUGAGGAAGAUGGGUGGGUGGAUGG